AUGAAGGUGUCAUCGGAUUUCUAUGAAGCUUAUGUGUAUUUUAAUGGGCAUGCACUCAUGCUAUUGCUUGUUGUCUCAUGGGGAUGCAUGAGAUCUCUCUUAACAAUGAUCAACAUAAAUCAUGGAAAUGCUCGGCUCUUGGGGCCAACACCUUCAAUAUGGCUAUUUGUGGUGCUGAUGAUAUCGCUCAUCCUAGUUUGUGUAGUGGUCUUCUUAGCUCUACUAGAACAUGUGUCUAGGCCAUGGCCUCCAAUCAUACCUGUGGUAGUUUAUCCGGUUGGCACAUUGGUUAUACUAGCAUGUCUUGGAGUGCUCACUGGCUUGCGGGAGAGAGCCAAGGGGAUGCUAGCUUUAAGGAAUUUGCCAAGAUUUCGAGAUCUUUUCUUGGCAGAUCUCCUGACCUCCGUCCACAAGGCGUUUGCUGACAUAGUGUGUUCUCUGUUUCGGUGGUAUAAAGGGCCGGGUGACAAAGCUGCUUGGGACGAUGACGCCAUGUGUGGCGGACACUACAUAGUGGUUACCAUAGCCAUGUCCAUUCCGUUUCUCAUUCGAUUCUUCCAGUGCAUCAGGGAAUGGAAUCCCAAAUCCACAGUCAACGCUGCCAAAUACUCCCUCUCUCUUGCAAUGUUAGUGUUCAAUGCGUUGGAUGCUGCCCAUUCAUCACAGAAGACAUGGAGGGGAUCGUACAUCUUGGUGGCUACUUGCAGCUCCUUUGGUUCAUUCAUGUGGGAUAUCUUAGUUGAUUGGAAUAUGGUUAAAAGGUUCAAAAAUCAAGAUACCUUCCCAAAUAAAAAGCAUGGUUUAUUGAAGCUGGCUUUCUAUGGUUGGUUCAUAGGGAGUGAUCUCAUUAUGAGAUUUAUCUGGUUGUGGAAGAUCUUUGGUCCAAACCACUCUCUUUUUGUCUUCUUUUUAGCUGCUUUGGAGUUGUUCAGGCGGUUCCAAUGGGUCUACUUUCGUAUCGAGAGAGCAGCCGAAGGAGUCGAACAUGCAAAAGAGACCAAAGACACAUUACCCAUUGUCCAACUGACUCCUUUCCUCCAACGUCAACCUCUUCCAGUCCCCUCUUCUUUAACUCCAGUCCCCUCUCAUCCUCCAGAUGCACCUAUUCCAUUACACACUCCUCCACGGAACCAUCUUAUAAGGAGAUCCCGGUCGGUAACUGCAGCACCCGAGGACCAGCAAGGAGGAGGGAGAAAGCAUUCCUUUCCCUAG